GUUGUACUUACCAAUGGCUGUCAUUGCUUUUUCUGACAGAUGUUUUUACGUGCUUUAUCACACGAGUUUCGUCUUAUUCGAACAGAUUCUUAUGAUAAUUUCAUCUUUAGGCAUUCUGUGAAUCCAAUAUUAUUACAGUAAUAGAAAAAUAUUGAACUAAGAGUGCUCUUUUAAGUUUAAAGGGUGCGUCAUUGGAAUUCCAAGGAUCACGAUCUCUUGAAAAGAUUGUAUAGAGAGCUAAAAGAAUAAAAGAAGGAAUAAAAGAAGUGCGAACGAAAUUACGUGAAAUAAAGAGUGACUGAAAACAAAGAGUAUGGCGAAGACGUAUGAUUAUUUGUUCAAGUUGUUGCUGAUUGGUGAUUCAGGGGUCGGCAAGACGUGCGUCCUCUUCAGGUUCUCUGAGGAUGCUUUCAACACGACCUUCAUCUCGACCAUUGGAAUUGAUUUUAAAAUAAGAACCAUAGAAUUAGAUGGCAAGAAAAUAAAACUACAAAUAUGGGAUACAGCAGGACAAGAAAGGUUUCGUACUAUAACUACAGCAUAUUAUCGUGGUGCAAUGGGUAUAAUGUUAGUUUAUGAUGUAACCAAUGAAAAAAGUUUUGAGAACAUAAAGAAUUGGAUCAGAAACAUUGAAGAAAAUGCCUCAGCAGAUGUUGAAAAAAUGUUAUUGGGCAAUAAGUGUGAACUUACAGAAAAGCGACAAGUUUCAAAAGAACGAGGAGAGCAACUUGCUGUUGAAUAUGGAAUCAAAUUUAUGGAAACAUCUGCUAAAUCCAGCAUUAAUGUUGAAGAGGCAUUUUAUACUCUUGCACGAGAUAUUAAAGCUAAAAUGGAAAAAAAACUGAAGGAGGCGUCAAAUCCGCCGAAGGGAGGAGGACAUCAGUUGAAAGCAUCCGAGCCACAAAGGAAACCACCAAGUUGGCUUGCACGAUGCACUAUACUUUGACCCUUCAACCGGCAUAUCCUCGACCGUCACCUUCUACUUUUUACCUUCGGUCUCCUUUACUUGCUGUACGUCGCGAGUACUUCUGUGAUUUUACUCCUUGACGACCAGCUUCGUUUCCCUCCGUCGCUGCCGGUCUCUCUUUUUUACUGAUUACUUAUACGAACUCUUUUAUCCUGGAGGAGAAACUAUCUUUUCCUUCGCUCUUUCUAUAAGAAACAAGAAAAAAAAAAAGACAUUCAAGAGAAUUUCUUGAAGGAAAGGAAUCGCGAAUUGUGAUAAUUUUUGAUAAUUUUUUAACGAUGCUCGAACAAUACCAUGAAUCACAUCAUUUCUACUUCUCACAUUUUAUGACGAAAUACCAAGAGGAAUUAUGAUACAAUUAAUCGAGCUAUCUUAGAACACCUUUCGCCAUGUAAAAUCGAUAUAGUAUUGAAGGAGAUUGAUUUUACCUCCUAGACGCAAUCAAUGAGCAAUCUAGAAAGUAAAUCGAUUUCGAGAAUUAUGUAUUUUAAGUAAUGUGCACUUUUGUUUUCGUUUAACAUACGAUUUAUAUAUGUUGCAAGUUUUGCUGUGAAUAAACUGCGAUAAACUGAAAAUUGAGAACUCUAUAAAAGCAAUAAUAAAUCGUUGAAUUAUUUUUAUGUUAAUUAACUUAUAUUUUAAAAAUCUCUAUUCUCAAGAGUUUUGGUUAUAUUUUAAGUAUGAUUAUAUUAAAUACGUUGUUAUAAUGCAUAGAUAUGGAAAACAUAAGAUGCGUUUGUAUUUUAUGUUUGUAUGCUAUGCAUACGAAGUUUCUCCUCCAUGUUUCACUUAAUCAAGGGGUACAAUCGAUUUUUUAAUACAUGUUUAGUAUUCGCUUUAUUUAAACAAAUAAAAACAAAAAAGAAAAUGAACAAAAAAGCAAAGAAAAAAUUUCUCUUCUCACAUGAGAAAUCUUUUCUUUUUUACGAAGCAUUUUGAAGUUAUUUGUUAAUAAGACUUUGCAAAAAGAAAAAAAUACAAAAAGAAAGAAGGUGCGAAUAGGUGAACAAUGGCGGUCAUUUUUUAUAUAUAAAUAUAUAAAUAAAUAUAUAAAUAUAUAUAUAUAUAUAUAUAUAUAUAUAUAUAUAUAUUAUAUAUAUAUAUACACGUCAUCACAAGUUAGCUUUUUCACCGGAACGAAGAGAAAUUCUUCAUUUAAUUAAUUCAUUAAUUAAUAAUUAGUGCAAAUUUAAAACUCAAGAAAAGAAGACUCUUUUGAUUUUCUUUUCAUAUCUUUUUAUUCUUUUCUUUCUUUCUAUUGUUGAAAUAAUAAAAAGGAAAAUGAUAAAAAAAAAUAAAAAAAUGUAAUAAAAAAGAUGGAAUAUGGACUUUAUUUGAAACGCUUGUUGUAAUAGUUUUCUUUCUGAAGAAACAGAGGGUUCUCCUUUUUUGCUUUUUCAUGAACAAAAAAAAGAGAUUUCGAUCUGUUUCCACUUAUACUUAAAAUAUAAGAUUAUUAUAAUACAUUUUAUAUUAAUCCUA